AUGGUUGAUAAAAAAUCCACACUGUCUUUUGAGAGUUGGGUGGGCAAACUAAAUGGAAAAUGGACUCCUCUGGUUUUCCUGACAUUGGGCAUAUUGGCAUUUUUGUACCCAGUGUGUUUCAAUCCAAUUGAAUGUGCCUUUCCAGCGGAGUUCACACCAGUCAUGGUUGAUUAUGAAAAAGCUCGGUGUUAUAAUGCCAGAACAAUUAGGAAGGUGCCGUGGAAACCCAGCGACCACAAUCCCUAUCAUUGCUAUUUUUUUCGAAUUCCGUUUAUGAUAUGGAAUCUGACAAAAAAGAAGUUGGGUAUCCAUUUUAUUGUUCCCGGAAGCGGAGAAAAAGACGAAUUUAUGAAGGGAAACAAUGUGACUGUUCUGAAACCCUCUCCAUUUUUUCCUCAACACAUCAUGUGCAAUUAUACUUACACUGUUUACCAGCAUACUAGAAAAUACAGUGAUAUGUGUACUCUGACCCUGAAUCCGUUUUUGGAGCACAUGGUGAUGGUGGCGUGGUUGUGGUUAAUCCUCUGUAUCUCCGCCACUAUAGCUGAUGGUGACCGCCUACCAUCCUUCAUGUUUGAUAAGGUACUGAGCCCUAGCAAUGACGUCAUUGCUGUAAUCGUCACCAGUGGAACCAAUGUCUAA